GGGAACAAAACAUAAACAACGCGCACAGGUCGCCUUCUCGCAAGAAGCAGCCCCCCCUCUUCCACCCCUCUGCCUCAAACCCCCCAGCUAUCUCGCUAUCAUCAUCGCAUCGCAUCGCGCAUCGCGAUCCAAACGACUUCCUAGCGUUUCUCGCCGUAUUCGGCCCACAACACAACCGCACAACCGUCACAUCUGAAGUCGCCUCGCUUGCGCGAUCACAGUGGUGUCAAACACGUCUUGAAUUUCGACAACCCUCUCUCUUUUGUCAUCAUGAGCGGAAACGCUUGGCUCGCGCGACAGCGCAAGUCGGACCUCGUCGAGAUUGCGCAGAUCCUUGGUUUAAAAAACUACGAGAGCUACAAGAAGACCGAGCUGGAGCUCGCCAUCGACGAGCACCUGUCCGACAAUGUUGCGCGGUACCAGGCCGACCCCCGAUUCCAGGACUACUUCAAGAGCCGCGCCCGCGCCGGCGGCUCCCCGAUAAAGAAGGAAUCUCUCGCGGGCCCUGACCUGAAACCGUCCCGAAGACGGGCGCCCAAACCGGUCGAGGAGGUUGCUCCGGCCGAAGAGGAAGAGAAGGAAGAAGAGGAGGAGGAGGAGGAGGAGGAGGAGGAGGGGGAGGGGAACGUAUCCGGGGAGGAACGCGCCGACACGCUGGCGAGCCAGGCGACCGAAACGGCACAGGCGGCCUCGAACGCGCUGGUGCGCACGCCCGGGCGCGCCCUCGCCAUGGCGUCGCGCCUGCAGCUGCCGGCGACGCCGGCGGACGUCGCGCAGGCGGUGGACCGCGGGACGGUGGCGGUGCGGGCGCGGGUGGCGUCGCUGUACCGCGAGUCGCGGCUGACCGAGGCGGCGCAGGCGACGCGCGCGUGGCUGUCGACGGUGCACUCGGUCGUGUCGGCCAUCGCGCUCUUCGAGCUGUACCGCCUCCGCCGCGAGGUCCUGCCCGACCGCUACGCCUUCACCAUCCCCGCCGUCCCCUUCCUCGGCACCCGCGACUACCCCGUCCACCUGCCCGACAUGUUCGCCCUCGUCACCGCCGGCUUCUGGGUCCCCGUCCUCACCUGGGCCCUCACCAGCGUCGUCCUGCCCAGCCUGGGCGGCUACUUCUUCAACCUGAGCUCCGCCGCCGCCGCCGCCGCGGCCCACGGCGCCCACCAACAGGCGGCGGCCGCCGCCGCGGGGACCAUUCGGACCAGGCGGUCCAGUACCGGUGCCGGUGGUGCCGGUGGUGCCGGUGCCGGUGCUCCUGGUUCCGGCCACCGCCCGGUCGAGUACGUCGUCGACCCGGUCAUGUUCAGCAUCGUCAAGGCGAUCGUGACGUACGUGGUGUACGCGCAGGGCGUCACGUUCGGCGGCCUCAUCGACCCGGAGGCCGUCAGCAGGAUCAACUCGGCCCUGUACUCGGGCUGGCGCGGGGUGCUGGUCGGCACCGCCGUGUCCGGGGUGACGGCCGUGUACGACGCCGUGCUGAGGAAGUAGUAGUAGGCUUUCGAAUCGAAUCACGAAGAAAGAGGGAGAGACAUAGGGUUAGGGAAGGGGGACGACGCUGGGUUUUCUGGUCUUUGUUACGUUACUGGGUGGUGUGGCGACUGGUUGUCGCCGCUUGUUUGUUUGUUUGUUUUCUGUUUGGUUUAGUUUGGUUUUGAUUCUUGUGGGCUGGCUCGGCUUUUUUUUUUUUCUUGGAGAAUGGCGGAAGCCGAGGUCGCGGCAGUAGUGUGAGCAGCUUUUGUUGCUCACUAACCUUUUUUUUAGUGCGAGAGAGGGAGUAGUUGGUUAGUUUCAAGGCGUUCCAAGGCGUUGGGUUACUAUUCUUCCACCACUACCACCACUACCACUAUCACCACCACCAUCACCACCACCACCAUCAUCAUCCGCGUGAAUUUCUCUCUUAAGUUUGGUUACUCAUUUGGCUGCC